AUGCCGCUGGAUUUCACCGCUCUUUGCAAGAGGACUUCAUGGGAGACCCCAGAGCCGUCUCCUAUCUGUGAUGAGCGGCGCGUGCAUCCGGUGGUCAUGAAGUUCGGGGGCUCGGCGCUGAAUGGGCCGGAGCAGGUGGCCACCUGCGUGGAGCUGGUGCGGAAGGCGCUGGGUGAGCGGCCCAUCGUGGUGGUCAGCGCCAUGGGCAAAGCCACGGACGCCCUGCUGGAGGCAGGGCGCCGGGCCUUGGAGACUGGCGCAGAAGAGUCGGUCGCCCAGCUGCGGGCCUUCCAUGAGGCCAUCCUGCAGAAGUUCGGGGUACCUUUCGCUCUGCUGGAGCCGCUCUUCGGGGAGCUGGAGAGGCUGCUGCAAGGCCUGGCGCUGGUGCAGGAGAUGUCCGGAAGGAGCCGCGACCUCUUGGUCUCCUUCGGGGAGCGCCUCAGCGCCCGCACCUUUGCCGCGGCCUUCAACGCCUCCAAUGCGGAGGGCAUCGAGGCUCGCGCCUUGGAUGCCUGGGAGGUUGGCAUGAAGACCACCUCCGGGUCCGGCGACGCGGACUCCGCCUAUUCCUCGGUGGAGGUGCUUCCCUCAGCCUACGGAGAGAUCAAGCAGAGCUUCGCGGCGCUGAAGCUGUGCUACGACUACGUGCCUGUGGUGACCGGCUACAUCGCCCAGGACGCCCACGGCGCCAUCACCACUUUGGGCCGCGACGGGUCGGACCUCACCGCCGCCGUCAUCGGGGCCGCCGUGAAAGCCAAGGAGGUGCAGCUCUGGAAGGACGUGCGUGGCAUCCAAAGCAUCGACCCCCGCAUGGAGCCGCAGGCCAGGCCGGUGGAGGUGCUCACCUUUGAGGAGGCCGCGGAGCUCUCCGUCUUCGGAGCGCGGGUGGUGCACCCCAGCGCCGUGCUGCCCGCGUGGAUGGCCGGCGUGCCCAUGUGCAUCCGCAGCUUCCUGGCCCCGGACUUUCCGGGCACCCGCAUCGUGCGGGACCUGGAGCUUCCACGCCCUGGGCAGGUGGCGGCCAUCAGCAGUAAGCAGGACAUCACCAUGAUCGUGGUAAAGAGCAGCCGGAUGCUGGGGCAGCAUGGUUUCCUGGCGCACGUCUUUCAGCUCUUCCAUAAGUAUCAGGCCUCGGUGGAUGUGAUCACGACCUCAGAGGUGACGGUGUCGAUGACCCUGGACGAGCACUACGGGCACGUGGACCUCGAUGGGCUCGUAGAGGAGCUCCGCAAGGUGGCGUACGUCACGGUGCACCCGAGCAUGGCUUUGCUGACAUUGAUCGCUAGCAAGGAUGACUCUGUGGCUGUGCUGCGGCGAGCUUUUGACAUCUUCGACGACUUGAGCGUGCAGGUGGAGAUGGUUUCGCAGGGCGCGUCCAACGUGAACUUGACCUUUCUGUUGCCCGGGCACCAACUGGAGCGAACCGCCAGGCAGCUGCACGCGGUCUUCUUCGAAGAGGGCAAGCCGCAGGGCGCCGUCACCCCGGGCUCCACUGCUGGCUCCUUUACCAGCCGGAGCCGAUCUUCCGAGGAGUAG